AUGCCCACUAUUCCUGGAUCAGAUGAUGAGAAGGUCAUGCCUCAGCAGCCAGCCGAGGCCAAGCCUGGGCACACUGAGGAAGAUGAAGAUCCUAGCGGUGAUGAAGACAUCCAUGUCGAGCCAGGUGUUUGCCCAUGUUGCGAGCAACGCAUCGGCGAACAAGACAAGGACGCGCUUCCAGGAGUGACCAUGACAGUGACAACUCCGAAGCAGGAUGCCGGACUUCCGAUUUGUCUGAAAUGCUCCUAUAUAAAGCGCGGCUCCUUUAAGAAGCUCACAGUCGGUGAAUUUCUGCGGCUGAAGAGGAAGUGCCGCCCACUGAGCGACAAGAUCGCCAGCUUGCGCCGGAAGUUGGUCCAGGCACUAUGCCGGAACCCCAAGGCGAAGCCCAGGCAUGAGGUUGUGGACCACAAAUUCUAUACUACUCGCACGUCUUCUGAUUACAUUGACUUCCGCCAGGAGGGGACAUGGCACGACUUGAAGGAGUAUUUUGACAAGGUCGCUGAUGAAGACAGCAAGAAGAAACUUCGCUCUGUCUCCCAAAAGAAGGCUUACCUUGAGAAGCUGGGGAUCAGGAUCCAAGCUGAUGAACGUGGAGUGGAGGGUGUGGUGAUCAUCGAGGGUCCGAAGAAGGUUCUUCUGGGCCAUCGAAUGUCUGCGUCUAAAACAAAGCAGUCAGAACAUGCGGACAAGGCAUCCAUGGAUGAGUUGCAGAAAGAGGACGCAGCGAAGUUGCAGAUCAGUGCACAGACUAAGGACGAAGAAGAGCGAGCCCUAGCUGAGCCUGUGCAGGAAGAAGACAGUGAGAAAGAGGUCGAGGAUGAGAAGGAGAACAACAGUUCGGAUGAAGAUGACUGGGGUGUGGCGCAGAAAGGCCCCGGGAAGGCCAAGCAGAAGCAGGCUCAGCCCAAGAGGAGGCCAAAGGCAGCGGCGCCUUCAACAAGCGGCACUGAGAAGAGCGAGCGUGGUGGUGAAGGUGGUGGUGAAGGGGAGGAAUCGAUGCCGCCACCGCCGCCACCGAAACCUUCAGCCAAUGUUCCAAAGAAUGUGGACAAACUGGUGGCUCAAUCUGGCACAGUGACUCACAUGCUGCAGCAAGUGAACCCGCUUCUUGUCUGGCAAAACCCAGGGAAGUUCAAGGACUGCGAGAGCAAGCCUGAGAAGGCUACUGCAUACCUAGCUGGGUUGGAGGCGGCUGAGCAAACAGAGAAGGUUCGUGAGGCCAGGCGUCAGCUGUUCAAGGUUGCCAAGGAUUUGGACAAUUGGUGCAACUUGGUCAACAACAUCAAGGCGUCCUUUCUGCACGAGACGUCAGAUGUCCACGACUUUAUGAACUACAUUGCCGAGAAUUUGACCAGGAUCACCAAGCUCCUUGCACUGCAGAGUGCAGAGUGCGUGAAGCUUGCGCUGGUAGAACUUGGGCGGCUUUAUGCAGAGGCUAGUGUCGUCCCGGGCCCCUUGACGGAUGGAUACCGGUCCGCGCUUUUCCAAUUUUUGUCCAUGGAAGAGCUGGAGCAGUACAAGAGCUUCAGCCACAUCUCCUUUGGCAAGAUUUUUGCUGCUGGUACGGAUGCUGGCAACAAAGCUUUGGACAAGAACUUCUUUCUGCAGGUGCAGGCCUCCAUCUUCAAUGGUUGGCUGGACAGAUUGCGCACUGCCUCUGACGAAGCCACCCACGCUUUGCUGCUCCACUUGCCCAAAGAGUUCAAACAUUUGCCUGUGUUGAGGAGGGACUUGCCUGAAAACAUGCACGUUCUUGAGCUUGAGGGGGCCGAGUUCAAGAAUACAUCAGGCCUUGGCCUGCGCGUCCUUGUGGACAUGCAGAAACUCGUUGUUUGCGGUAUGCUUGAUCCUCAUGAGUCCAGCGCGCCGGAGCAUUUUCACCCGGAGCAGAAGCAAGAAGUCAAGGUGGCCAUUUCUGCGUCUGCAGUCUUCUCAGCAAAGGUGAAUCUCAUCUUUCGAAGCAAUGCAGUUCUUAGGAGGCUUUGGGAACAUGCUGUGUCUGUAUCCAAGAACAUUCUCACAGAGAAGAAGGCGGAGGAAGUUUCAGCCACAGUUCUUGGAAAUGUCCAGAAGCUCAAUUCCUUUCUGGAUACUCCAGACUGCAGCCCGUCAGAAGAGUUCCAGGAAUUGCUCAGCGGGUGCAAAGAUCUGAUGGAUGUUGCCUCUGCGAUGGGCUUGCUCAAAGGAGACUCCGGAUCAGCCACUGAGCAGCCAGAGGUUAAUGCUGAGAUUGGCAAGGCUCUGAAUGAACUCAGAGAGAAAAUGAAGACCUUCGCCAUGGAGUCCAUGACAAAGCUUGGCGAUUGGUUCACUGCGCAGUGGCCACUGAAGCCAGAGGCUCCUGGCUUUGAUGUGACUCAGAAGGAGAACUUCAGCGCCCUGACUUCAAUUUUGAAGACCCGAGGCCAGAUUUGCACCACCGUGUUGAAAGAAGACCCAGAGAUGUACUUGCGCUUGCUCUGGGUCAUUGAGAAAGUGGAGGGGUUCAUUGGCCAAGGGGCUUCUUUGUCAAAUGCCUGGAAGCUGAGCAAAGGCAUCCACGAUGAUCUGCGCGUGGCUCGGAUGCCUGUGUAUCAGAGUGGAAGCUGGGCCAGCCCAUGCACCCGGGCAAGCUUGAGAUUGAAGCAGUUGGUGGUUCAGCAGGGUCCAAACAUCAUCACAAAGCUCAUCCAGGAUAAGAAUAAGGACGGUAUCAACGAGGCAAAGUCAAUGCUGUGUGGCUUGGAGGACUUGGAAGGCCGUCUGCUUGGCAUGAGGUCAGUCCUUGAGGACCAGGGCAAUUUCGAGGUCUAUUCCAAGGACGCGCCGAAUGAUUUGGUCCAGAUCUGCAAGCAUGCUUCAGCAAUCGCGAAGGCUGUCAACUAUGACAUGGAUACCCUCCAAGCAGUCAAGCCCGAGGCGAAGUCAGCCAUCGAGGACUACUUGGAGAAAGUGAGGAGCUACCUGAACAUGAUCAUUGGCAACAUUGAGAGGGAUGGUGCUAAGUGGGAAAAGAUUGUGCUGCGGUACAAGCCAGUGAUUGCAGUGGCAGAAAUGUGGCAAGCUGAGAGGCUUGCUGAGAUCAAUUGGAUGUUUACCAGCAAUGAGGAUGUGGACAAAGACACCAAGUCCAUGGUCACCUUCAGAGACGAGCUGCCUUGCCACUUGCAGCCAAUGAAGGGGAUCGUUGCGUGCAAAGCCGCUUUGAGGGCUGAUCAGAAGCUUUACGAAGUGGUUGAUAUGCUACAUUCGUUGCGCAAAAGAUCGAGGAGCUGGCCAGCUUGA